AUGCCACCUGGCGAAAUCUCUGCACGCGAGGCCACCCGGGCCGGCGAUCACAUCCAUCGCUGUGCUGCUCGCGACGGCCGGCAUUGGCUGCCCGUGGUGGGGCCGGGAGUGGAGUCCCACACCGACCCGCCUGCCGCAUCUCCGCCUAACGGAGCCAAUCAGAUCGGUGGGUGCAAAGGAGGGUCUCUGUCUCCUCACCUUGCCCCUGACCAUCUCCAUCCUGCCACCAUGUGUAAUUACAAUUAUGAGACCACUUCUUGUGGAGCAGAACACUGGAACUUUGGGGUUGCGUCGAUGAUCUCGCUCACGCCUUCUCCUCAUCCCCCACGAUGUCUGGACAGACCGCCUUGCGGCCAUUACGCCGAGAGGCUGACACCGGGCUCGCCUGAUGCGACGCUGGGGUUAUCGUGCAGAGCCGCCAAGCACACUCGGUGCAAUUCGCGGGAGUGGCACGACCAAGUCCAGCUCGCAUCUGACGCCCCACGUUGUUCCAAGCACGGCCAAUCUCAACGAGACAAGAGACAGACCACCAUCUGUGCUGCUGUCGGACCUCCCAAACUCGGAAAAGUCGGACCCCACGAUCCCACGUUUGUGCCUUGCAAGUCCCCGAACGGACCCGAACAAUGCACAGUAUGA